CAAUCCAUUUCAAUUGAUUUCGAUUGGGUUUCGUUGAACACACCUUUUGUUCUCGAGAACAUGUUUUGUUUACAUCGGAAGCGACCUUGAGUUUUACAACAAGUACCGUUUUUCGUGAUUUUUACAACAAUAACCGUUAUUAUACAGAUGAAAUUUGAUAACUAGGUCAAAAACAUAUUUUUAAGGUAAUUCACGAUUCCUAUUUCAUCUUUUUUGCUCAUUAACUCUGGAUCCGCAAAUGCCAUGUUCCGGCGAGUCCCGGGUACUGGUGGGUAUCGCUCGAUAUUCCACUCUGAUAGUGCAGCUGGUGGAUAUACUCGAUCGACAUGUGAGCGAAGAGGUGAUAUCGCUACUGACCGUGUCACAUCAACCGCAGACGAGUACCAUUCUCAUCCGGUAUGGCGAAGCUGGUCCGGAUGAGAACGAUAAACAGUUAGACGAGUCGAAGACUCAAGAUUGGGAUGAUGUAAAACAGGAAGAUUUUAUAGUAGACGAAUCAGAAGAAAACCACGAGAAUGAAUCACAUGUCGAGGAGGUAUUGGAGGAAAAUGUUUCUUCUGAGGACAUCGGUAGUCAUAUAGAAGAUGACUUCUCCAAUGACGAUUGCAUUAUAGAAUAUUUAUACGAAGAUGAGCCUGAAACUAAAGAAGGCGUUAGUACUGCCGAGGAAAAUUUUUCUUCCAAUAAUCCCGAUCAGGAACCAGAAAAAUUGCCACAAAAGUUGGAAAGAGAUAUGGGAUUCCUUAUUGACGAUGAGAAUGGAGAGCAUUUGGAAUGUGGUAUGGAAACGGAUGAUACCUUGCAACUUCAAGAUUAUCAAAGUGUGGUGAAGUCUGUCCCAAAAGUCUCUUGUGAAAUAUGUGAAUCACUUUUCGCAACGCGGCAUGACUUGAUGGCACACAUGAAGCAACACACCCCGAAACUGACCGACUUAACAAGACGUAAGAAUUUUAAAAGGCAGUGCGAAUUUUGUCUCGAAAAAUUCGAAUGGAAAAUAAACGCUUACAAUUUACAUUGCCAAAAAGUUCACAACCGAACAGCCUAUAAAUGUUUCAUAUGUAAUAAAGCAUUCCAUCUUGUCAGUCACCUUGGAGAACACAUUCGAAGUGGUCAUGAGGAAAACAUCGUCAAACUGAAAAUCGAAGAGUCCCUCUGGCGUACUUUCGUUAUAGAAAAAAAUUCCAUUAGUGAAUGUCGCAUAUGUUUCCGUUUGCUAGCGACGAAAAACUCUCAAAUGAAACAUCAAGCAAAGCACAUCAAGGAACUUUCGCUGACUUGUUCCAACUGUGGAGGCAAGCAUUACCAUAGCUUGUGUUGUGAACCACGUGCUCCAUACCCAUCUGUCUACGAAAAGGUUGAGUGCGAUAUCUGUCACCAAUUCUUCUCCAAGAAAAACUUUCGAGAACACCAAGUAACCCACAAGGGCCAGCGAGAUUACCCCUGCACGUUCUGUAGCAAACUUUUCAAAGUUCAACGAACGGCUCGUCGUCACAUUCAGAACCAUAUCAACGCUCAAAACAAAAGAAGAAAAUGCUACGAUUGCUCAGCAGUAUUCGAUGAUGAAUCUCAAAUUCCACCGCACUAUAAAGAACUCCACCCGGUAAAACACCCCUACUCCUGUCCUAUCUGCCGAAACGCUGGGUUUUACACCAGAACGGAACUUGAGGAUCACUGCCACAAGCACACAGGCUUGGAGCGGUCCCAGGUGGCUGCCAAAAAGCCGGUGGAACAGUACAAGGUGGACAAUGCACAGGUCUAUGAGUGCACCCUCUGCCGGAGGAGUUUUUCGGCCAAACGCACGGUGGUGGCCCAUUUUUUGAUGCACACCGAUCGACCGCAUGUGUGUGCACACUGCCAGGCAUCAUUUCGCGCCAAGGCGGCGUUGAGUGACCACAUGUUGGAUGUGCAUUCGUUGCCUCCGUGAAGGUUUUCGUGAUGUAAACUUCUAGGCGUGGUGUGAUUUUAAUCCUAUAAUUUAUGAAACUUGUUAAAGUUUAUGU